CGCAAAUUGCAGUAGUUAACCCUGAUAUAAUGGAGAUUGAGGGUAAUGUGGGUAGGUGUUAUGACCUAGAAUUAGACAUAGUGUCUGAGGUGAGGGGGUAUGUGAGUGAAUUGAGUAGUAGGAGCAGCCUUAGGGGGCUAGUAAAUAACUGUAACAUUCCUCACCAUGUGUUGAUUAGGCCUACCGGGGUGAAUGAGAGAGCAUGCUCAGCACCCCGAGACCAUUGGAUGCCCAUGUAUGUCCAUUAUUUGGCUGCAGGGCUUAGGAGGGACGCCGAAGUAGAACAAUUGUCUGCUUGGAAAGUUAAGAAAACCAAGCAGAACAAUUAUAAGUUGAAUGAGGAUGCAGUGGAAGAAGUAGGGAAGCUGAUGAGGGAAGAAGGGGAGUUAGUGGAUAUCAUGUACCUCACCAGCACAGAGGCGAUAAAGGCUGCCAAGCUCUAUGGGCCAAGCUUAUUGAGCGAAGCUGAGAUGGGUGGCUUUCUGAACGCUGCUGGGGGGCUGGCUAUCCCAAAGAAGCCAAGGAAGAAGUCAAAGACUUCGAUUGCAGCAGAAAAGGGGGCGACAGAGAGGGAGCGGCUGUCCAACACUUCUGCCCGAGCUCUGGAGAUGCAGAAGAAGAGGAAGGUGGCAGAGCCAGAAGUUAAGAGGGAUGAGGCGGUUGAGUUCGUGCCUCGGCCUUCUCCUCCUGAAGUUGAUUCUGAAGUCAGGGAGAGGGAGGAGACCGAGGUGCGAGGCCCUAGCAAAGGCAAGGAGCUCAUCCCUCCACCUUUGUUCCAGAAGAGCUUGUUCGAUGCAACCAACAUCACUGGGGCGAAGCAGUUCCUGAAUGCCACUCUUCCGGAGGUGGAUAGAAGGCAAGCGAGGGAUGAGGCAAUGAGCCAACUAGGGGCUCGCGUUGUGAGGCACUCCCUGAAGAGUGCGAGCUGGAACAUCAUCAAUCUCUACCGACUGUCGACCGCAAUUUUGGCGUUCACCGACUGUAGAAAGAAGGUGAAGGCUCAGUACCCGGAAGUGAACAUCAUGAUGGUUACCUUCGGCGAACAAGAAGAAGGAGUGGAAGAGGACGGUGAGAGUUUCUCUGCUGACUUUUGGCCUUUGAUUAAGCUGAGGUGGGAGCAUGAUGCAGAGGGACGCACUAACUUUCUUCCAGCCUUUGAUGCUGAGCUGGUGGCCGUAAAGGAAGAAGAAGAGGAGCAAGGUGCUGCAGUGGAGAAUCAGGCAGACCUGGCCGAAGUUCAGCCUCCCGUAGUUCAUCCAGUCUCCUCAGAUGAAGUGCAAUUAGCUCCUUCUGAAGCAGAAGUGUCAUCUCUGCAUGCUGGGGAUGAGCCACCUCCACCACCUUUUCCUGUUGAGGAGCAGCCUCCUCCUUCAGCAGAUUAGCUUAGGAUUUUUUAUUUUAUUUUUGUUAGUUGUGGUUGUAAUGAACAUGUUUGUAAUUGAUUUUUUACUAAUUUAUAAAAUUUUUGAAGUUAUUUUGAUGUGUAUAUGUUGAUGUUUGUUUGCUAUUUUGUUUCAAGUAAUUCACUUCGGAUUAAAAGAAAGUGACUUAAUUAAU